AUGUUUCAGGUGGAUGAGAACUACACCCGUGUGUCAGAGUUUGUUAUCGUGGGCUUCCCCAGUCUGCAGCCUGAGUAUUUUCACCUGGUGGCCUGGUUCUUCUUCUUCCUCUACUUGACGACAGUUGUGGGCAACUUCCUGCUGGUGGUGGUGUUUGCUCUGGAGCGCAGCCUCCAGAAGCCCAUGUACAUCAUCAUGGUCAGCCUGGCCCUUGCAGACAUUGGCAUGGCCACAGUGAUCCUGCCUAAAAUAAUUGCUCGUUACUGGUGGAAUGAUGGGGCUCUUGGCUUCCACACCUGCUUAUUCCAAGUGCAAAUGAUCCACUAUUUUGGCGCCUUGAGUUCCCUCAUCUCAAUGUUCAUGGCCCUGGAUCGCUAUCUGGCAGUCUGUUUCCCUCUCAGAUACCCAAUAUUGAUGACCAACCAGACCAUAAUAGGUCUCUUAGUCUUCUGCUGGGUGGUGGCUCACAUCUUUUCUGGCAUCAGCACAGUCAACUUUAGCAUAAUGCCAUUUUGUGGAUCCAGCCAGAUCAUACAUGCCUUCUGUGAUACCAUGUCUGUCAUACCUCUAGUCUGUGGUGAUCCCUCCAGACAAAUCAGAGACGCCUUUACCUCAGCAAUGACUGUUCUCUUUGUUCCUUUAUCUUUCAUCAUCUUCUCUUACAUCUGCAUCAUCAUCACUGUAUUGCGCAUGGCCAGUCGACAGGGCAGAGCGAAGACCUUCUCCACCUGUGCCACUCAAGGAUGCAUCAUUUCUAUCUACUACAUACCACGUUUCAUCGUCUUCUCCACGCCUUAUAUUCCUAACCUGAAAAUGACCCCCGACAAGCAUAUAGUCACCACUCUGUUCUACAGUCUUUUACCCCCACUCAUCAACCCCUUCAUUUACUGUCUGAGAACCAAGGAGAUCAAGCAGAUACUGAAACGCUGGGUCCAACGAAGGAGGGACAUUACUCCUACCAAGCCUGCCGUAGCUGUCACUGUGACAAAGUGA